UUCUUCUGUUCAAAGUUGGUUGAGCCAACCCUCCUCUUUUGUUUUCUUCUUCCUCAAGACAACUCACUCUUGCAAUGGCAAAGCAGCCAAAGGGGAACGUGCUCGACCACCAGCAGCAGAAUCUCGACCCUGAGAACCCUCAUCAAGCUUCUCCAUCUUCCGGUCGGAGCAGCUGUUGCUUUGCUCUGCCGGGUUUCUUUAGUGUCCGAUGUCUCAUCGUUGUGGUCCUAAGCUGUGCUAUCCUUUUCUCUGCGAUCUUCUGCCUUUUCCCGUGGCGUCGAUCGGUGCCUCAUUCCCAGCCUGAUAAUACAGUUCAACUCAAUGCUACAGUACAAGCUUACUUUAAACUUAGCAAACCAGUUUCUGAGGUUAUUCCUCAUAAAGGAGAACUUGAGGAUCAAAUCUAUUGGAGCAUCGGUGUUGGGAACACAAAGGUGACUGUUCUGUCUCUGCAACAGUCAGGGGCAUCUCACUAUACUGAUGUGGAGUUUUCAAUCGUACCUGUCUCUAACGACUCUUCAACAAUCAGAAACUUGUUAAGUUCAGUGCGAUCAUCUUUUAUUAAGCUGUAUGCUGAAAUGUCGACGCUGAAUCUGGCCACGGGAAUUUUUGGGGAGCCAACUUCUUUUGAGGUUUUGAAAUUUCCUGGCGGAAUCACUGCAUAUCCCAGUGGAUCUACGCCUGUCUCUGAGCUUGUAGUGAUAAAGCUUAACUUUACACUCAAUAGUUCAAUAUCCGAGAUACGAGAUGGCAAGGGUCAACAACUAAAUGGUAUACUUCGUCGUCAGUUCAGUUUGGAUUCACCUGACAGAUGUUAUUCCCAGUUCACAAAUGAACAAGGAUCGACAGUAUCUCCACCGGUAAUUGUUCAGUUUUCUGUUGUCACAACCAUGAAUCAGCAGAGAUUGGACCAUUUUGCAGACAUGUUUCAAGCAUCUAGCGCUAAAAAUCUCGGUCUAAACAACUCGGUUUUUGGUGAAGUCAAGAGUAUGACUUUCUCAACAUACCUGGAGCACAAAACUCCUCAUCUUUCUGUGGUGAUGGCACCAACGCCAAGUUCUUGAUUCCCUUCUCUCUAUGAAGUCGUUAUAUGAAGCUUCUUACUGAAUUGGCAAAGCAGUUUCUCUUUUCAUCUUUAUGGGACCUAAUCAUUAGUUUUACAAUGUUGCUUCCCUUCUCUGCUGCCCAUCUUUUUCUUCUUAGUAUGUUUCUGGCUGAAUCUAGUUAGCUUUAGAACUAAUGGUCUCAUCCUUGUUGUAUGAAACAAAGUUCUUUAUUCUAAUGAGAUUCAACUUGAGUU